AAUGGUAAACAACCAAUCGAUAAGCCGAAGUUUAUACUUUGUCUAACAUUUGCUGAAAAUGGUGAUCUGCUGACUGGUGAUUCUGCUGGAAAUAUUAUUGCAUGGAAACGAGGUACAAAUACAGUGAAUCAAAUAUGUCAAGGUGUACAUGAAGGCGGUAUAUUUUCAUUAUGUUUAACAAGUAAUGGACAUCUUAUAUCUGGUGGUGGAAAAGAUCGUCGUUUAGUAUUCUUUGAUGCAGCUCUUAAUCCAACUGGUCAUACUGAAGAAUUAACUGAAUUAUAUGGUGCUGUAAGAACUAUUACACAAGGUCCUGGAGAAUUAUUAAUUAUUGGCACAACAAAGAAUAUGAUACUACAGGCUGGUCCUGGUAUGGAAAUAAGUCCUUUAAUGUUUGGUCAUUCUGAAGAAUUUUGGAGUCUUGCUAAACAUCCACAAGCUCAUCAAUUUUUAACUGGUGGACGUGAUCAUUUAGUUAUUCUAUGGGAUUCAUUAUCAAAACAAGCUAUAUGGUCAAAAGAAUUCACUGAUGCUAUACAUUGUGCUGCAUUCUAUCCACUUCAAUCACAUUUAAUAACAAAUGGGACUAUGAGUCCAGUUAAUAAUGAUAAUAAUAUAAUUGAUGAAACAAAUAAUUUAGAUUUUAAUGUAUCAAUGAUGAAUUCACAUGAUUUAUUAGUAGUAUUAGGCACAAGUACAGGACGUUGGUUAGUAUUCAAUUGUUUAAAACAAGAAAUAAUUGCUGCGCAUUCUGAUGGACUUGGUGAACAGAUCGAAUGUGUUGCAUAUUCACCUG